UGUCAGAAAUCAAGGUGUACUUUUUGUUUUCGUUGUUUGGAAAAAUCAAGAUGGAUUUGGUGUGCAUUUGGAAAGCUCCCUGUAGAGAGAGAAACAUCGCUCGUUCCUUUCGUCGGUGACAAAUAGGGACGAAAACCAGUUGACCUUCUAAACCAACUGGUAACGAAUCCUACAAAAUUCAUGAGAUUUAAACCCUAAACCCAAUCCAAUCACGACCAAUCCACCACCCGAUUUCCUUCCAUUCGAAACCCUAGUUCUUCCUACUUCCUGCGCCGGGUCGAAAAAUGGCUUCGUCCGAAAUCGAAAUCGUAUCGGACUCCAACGAGCAGAAGACCUCGGUACAAGUCCCUUUCGGGGUCCCUGUGGACGUCACCGACGUUUUCGGCGCGUCUGCCUACGGAGAUUUUGAGAAGCUUCGGAAGUUCGUCGAAGAAGACGGCGCUUCUCUCUCCCAACCCGACGGCAACGGCUACCACGCCCUUCAGUGGGCUUCGCUCAACAAUUUCGCUGCUAUUGUGCAGUAUAUCAUAGAGCAUGGUGGCGAUGUACAUGCGACAGAUAAUGUGAAGCAGACGGCAUUGCAUUGGGCAGCGGUGCGGGGUUCGAUUGCGGCUGCAGAUGUGUUGUUGCAGAGUGGGGCUCGGGUUGAGGCUGCUGACGUAAAUGGGUAUCGGGCAGUACACGUUGCAGCUCAAUAUGGACAAACAGCAUUCUUAAAUCACAUUAUUGCAAAACAUUGUGCUGAUUUUAAUGCACCGGAUAAUGAUGGUAGAAGCCCUAUUCAUUGGGCUGCAUACAAAGGAUUUGCAGAUACAAUUCGAUUACUUCUAUUUAGAGAUGCCAGCCAAGACAGACAAGAUAAAGAAGGUUGUACGCCUUUGCACUGGGCUGUACUAAGAGGAAAUGUGGAAGCAUGCACUGUACUUGUACAUGCAGGCACAAAACAGGAAUUAAUGGUGAAAGAUAAUGCCGGAUUUACUCCUCUACAGCUGGCAUAUGAUAAAGGUCAUCGGCAUAUAGCUUUAUUCCUCUCUAGUGCACAGCGUACCCGAAUGAAGCGCUGGGAAGGCAUAGUUUGCAUUGGCCGAUUAGAGGAUGGAGGUUAUGCCCCUAUUCUGUUCUGUAUAGUUACUAUCAAUAUCAUCCUUUUCAUCAACUCGGUUAUUUGGGCUCCCGAUCUUCCAAAGGUUACUGCCAUAGUUGGACUUUGGGGAUGGACAGCUGUUUCGCUGGCAGUUGCUGCAUUGAUGAUGUUAUACCAAUGCAGUAGUAAGGAUCCAGGUUAUUUGAAAACAUCAGGAGGAUUGGGUGGCCAUUCAGAUGGGCAGGAUCCUUUACUGAAUAUUGAUCUAAACAAUUCCUCUAUCUGGACGGGAAAUUGGUCUCAACUUUGCCCUACCUGCAAGAUAAUUAGACCAGUUCGCUCGAAGCACUGUCCUGUGUGCAAGCGAUGUGUGGAACAGUUUGACCAUCACUGCCCCUGGAUCUCUAACUGUGUUGGAAAGAGGAAUAAAUGGGACUUCUUUGUUUUCCUCUGCUUUGCAAAUCUGUGCUCGUUUGUAGGUGCUGUUGUUGCUGUUCAAAGGUUUUGGACAGCAAAAUUGGUGGUUCCAGCUGCAAAAUCAUGGAUUCAUUACGUAGCCGUUCAACAUCCUGGUGCCGUAGCUUUUGUUGUUAUGGAUGUAAUCAUUUUCAUUGGUGUCUUUUCUUUGCUAACAGUGCAAGUAUCCCAGAUUGCUCGGAAUAUCACGACAAAUGAAGCGAUGAACGCAGUACGUUACGCGUAUCUUCGUAGUCCAGAUGGGCGGUUCCGUAACCCCUAUAAUCAUGGGUGUAGAAAGAACUGUGCAGAUUUUCUCAUUGUUGGAUAUACAGAUGACGAUGAGACUCCCUGGCCUUCUUUGCAGCAGGUUGCCCAGUAGAAAACUCGUCUCCUUAUUUGCCUCUUCAACUCAUCCGGUGUCAUACUUUCCUGGGUUUUCAGGUGUUAGACGAUACUGAGGCCCUCCUGCGAAUUUAAAAUCACGGGUAUAUUACGCUGUUGGUCCGUAACUGCUGUACUAUAUGUCACUUGCUCAUUUUUACGAAAAAAAUAGAAGUCCAGCUCUAUAGCAACAUCAACUAUGGAGUAGAAGUUUUUUUGUGAGAUGAUUUAUGUGUUCUGUGAAUACGCUUCCAUUUUUUAUGUUGUAUUUACCGCCAUAAUGAUUAAAUUACAAGGGGCAUAGCUGUUUUAUUUUA